UGUUUCAUGAAGUGUACCGUCCACGUGUGUACGAUUAUGGUUAUGUUUACUACACAUUAUUAAGCAUAUAUUUCAGUUUAAUAUAAAAUUAGACAUAAAUUAAGUUAUAAAUUAAAAAUAAGUAUCCAAUUAUGGCGCAUCGUAUACAUAACAUAAGAUUUUACAAUCUGAAGCCGAAGGCGGCGACUUGCUUGUGUUACGAACCAAAAACGAAAAAGCUGGCUCUCGCAAGGAGUGACAAUUCCAUAGAAAUCUGGAAUGUGGAGAAUGCACCAUUUAUUGAUUGUACCAUAGCUGGUCAUGCCGAAAACUCUGUAGAAAGCGUACUCUGGAUCGAAUCUAGACUAUUUUCGACGGGUUUGCAUGGUGCAGUGGUCGAGUACGAUUUACAAACUCUAGGAAUCAAGCAUGAAGACAUGGUGGUAGGAGGAGCAGCCUGGUGUAUGGAUGUCAAUCAAGAGAAGACUCGCUUGGCUGUUGGCACAGAAGAUGGAUAUAUUAAUACUUUUGCUGUACAUAAAGAUAAAUUAAUUUAUGAGAGAAUAUUUGAUAAACAGAAAGGAAGAAUUUUGUGUAUCAAGUGGGACAACACAGGCGAGAUGAUAUAUACAGGUUCUACAGAUACUGUUAGGGUGUGGAGCGCCAUAUCUGGACAUGCAAUACACAAAAUGACGACUUCUAGAAGUAAUAUUAAAAAAAGCACAAUAAUUUGGUGCCUUGCAGUUACUGAUGACAAUAUAAUAAUAUCUGGCGAUUCUCAGGGCUUCUUAUGCUUCUGGGAUCCUCAUAUAGGAGUCCUGAUAGAGUCUCAUGAAAGUCAUACCGCUGAUAUAUUAACUAUUACUUUGUCACAUGACAUGAAUGUUGUAUAUUGUGCGGGUGUAGACCCUGUUGUAAGAAGUUUUUGCAAGGUUAUCCUAAAAUCAAGUGGAAAACCUCAAUGGGUAAAGGGAAUCGAGAGGAGACUGCAUGUUCAUGAUGUUAGAGCGCUUGUAGAAGCCAAUGGAAAACUCUAUUCGACUGGUGUAGAUGGGUAUCUUGCUGUAUCGAGUUAUCCACCAAAAAAUCUUGUAAAGUAUCCACCACUACUACAAUCACCUUGUGCCAUAAUAUGUCGAAAAUCUAGAUGUAUCUUGUUGCGAUACACAAAUUAUCUAGAGCUAUGGAGACUUGGUUCUGCAACUAAAGAUCCUCCAGAAUUAGUACGUUCUUCUAUGUUGCAUCAGUUGGACGAGGAACCUAUAAAACUACUGCAAUUACAAACAAAAAAUGAUGAAAGCAUAAUUUCUUGCGCCAUUAAUAAAGACUCUAAGACGAUCGUGUAUUCGACGGACACUCACGUUAGAGUUUUCAAUUUCGACGUAGUGGAAGGAGAUGCUCAAUUAUCUAGGAAUGAUACUGAUUUAUCCAUGAAUCGAAUACAAAAGAUGUUGUUCAGUCCUAAUGGCAAGUUAUUUGCCGCCAUCAACAAUGACGGCAACGAAAAUACCGUGACGCUGUUCAAAGUAAAUAAGAAAAGCUUAAAUCUGAUCGGUUCAUUCCAGACAACAAGGGAGUCUAUUAAAAAUGUCGGUCCCGUGUGUUUCUCUCCAGACAGCAAGUAUCUUGUAUGUGCAGACCGGCAACGUGGAAUCGCCGUAUAUUUUAUCGGUAAUGGUAUAACGGCAGAAUCGCUCAAGGCAUGGCAAUUACCCAAGUACAGUUGUCCAGUAACGGCGAUGGCCGUGCAGAAAAGUACGCUAAAUCUUGUCAUAGCGUAUUCUGAUCAUAAGAUUGUCGAAUACAACAUUCCUACAAAGAAAUAUACGGAGUUUUCUAACAACUUGCAAAGUCGGUUACCAAAACAUUGGUUAGCACGUCCAUUCCCGAUAACGAACAUCAUAUUUGAUACGAACAAUGAGAAUGUCAUAAUUAUGCAGGAUGAUUCAAGUAUGUAUGUUAUUAACAAAAACAGUGAAUUGCCAGAAGCGAAAGAAGCAAAGAUUCCUAAACGUGAAAACGGAGAAAGCGCAGAGGAUAGCAAUUCUGUUUGCAGCUCACAAUCUCAAUAUGCAUUUCAAGUUGCAAAAAAAUACAAGCAUCUCGUUUACUUAAAUUGGUUAAAUGAUGAAGAAUUGGUUGCGAUUGAGGUGAAUCCUAUCUCGCUGAUUGAGAAAUUACCACCUACGUUAAAACAAAAGUUUUUUGGCAUGUAAAUAUGUGUAUAUAAAAUGCUAUUAAUAAUAAAUAAAUU